AGGCUGGAUUGACACAAGGAAGUAAAAAUUACCUAUAAUACCCAGAUAAACAUUUCCAACUGGCACAGAACUUGGAGAAAGAGAAAGCAGACAGGUGCCAAAGGAACAGAUACUUAGGACACAGUGAUGUCAUCCCAGGCAACAACCCAGCCCCGAAUAUAUGAAACCGUACUCAAUCCUUACCCGCCAAACAGCAUCAUGGUUCCUGGGUUUCAACAACCUGUGGGUUUCACACACCUGGGAAACCAAGCUCAGAGUGGCCAGCCUCCCUUCCUCGGGUCUCCAGGAAUCAUCACCAACAGUCAUCAAGGUCAAGGAAAUACAGAGGUGGUAAACCCAGCUAUGGGAACAGCAAUCACAAACUUUAGAGAAGAAGCAAAGGUAUUAGGGGCAAUCCAGAUCAUGAUUGGAUUGAUGCACAUUGGUUUCGGAACUAUUUUGGGUUUCAUGUACACCACUUAUGGAUCGGUUUUCGGAUUUGCAUCCCUUGCUGUUAUUAGUGGAUAUCCAUUCUGGGGUGGCAUCUCUUUCAUUACUACGGGUACUCUCUCUAUACUGGCGUCCAAGAAGCUUUCUCCUAGUCUGAUCAAAAGCAGCUUAGGAAUGAACAUUGUCAGUACUAUCUUUGCCUUCAUUGGAGUGAUUCUGCUGCUGGUGGAUGUGAGCAUCAAUGGCCAACCCAACCAAGACUACUGGGCAGUUCUUUCUGGGAAAGGAAUUACAGCCAUGCUGAUUAUCUUCUCUCUCCUGGAAUUCUACACAAAUUCUACUACAGCCUAUUUUUCCAAACGAGCAAUCACCAAAAUCAACAGGCCUGUCCUGGUUAUUCCCAACGUGUAUACAGUCAGUCCCUUGGAACCAGGGGUUUUCUCAGCUCCUCCCAGAAAUGAUGGCCACCUCACUCAUGCCACUUAACACAACAAGGAGAGGCACCUGGGUAGUGCAAUCGGUUGAGCAUCUGACUCUUGGUUUCCACUUGGGUUGUGAUCCUGGGAUGGAGCCUCAUGUCAGGCUUCACAUUCAGUGCAGAGUCAACUUCAGAUUCUCUCUCCCUCUCCUUCUACCCUUCCCACUCUUGUGCACACACACAUCCCCUCCCCCUAAAAUAAAUUUAAAAAAUCAUAUAAAAGAAUUUGGCUAAAAACAAAAAGAAGCAGCAAGCAAUCUCAUGAAGUUAAACUGCUCUGCAGGAACUUAA